AUGGCUGCCCCCGUGGAGUGGAGCCCCGGUGGCCCGGCGGCCCGGGCGCUGAGGCGGGCGCUGGCGCUCGCCUCGCUGGCCUCGCUGGCUUCGCUGGCCGGGCUGUUGCUGAGCGGCCCGGCGGGCGCCCUCCCCGCACCAGGGCCCGGCGGGCGGCGCCAAAGCCUCGACCCGCCCGUCUCCCGAGUCCGCUCGCUGCUGCUGGACGCCGGGUCGGGUCAGCUGCGCCUGGUGGACGGCCUCCAUCCCGACGCGGUAGCCUGGGCCAACCUCACCAACGCCAUCCGCGACACCGGGUGGGCCUAUCUGGACCUGGGCACAAAUGGAAUCUACAAUGACAGCCUUCAGGCCUAUGCAGCUGGUGUGGUGGAGGCCUCUGUGUCCGAGGAGCUCAUCUACAUGCACUGGAUGAACUCCAUGGUCAAUUACUGCGGGCCCUUCGAGUAUGAAGUCAGCUACUGUGAGAAGCUCAAGAGCUUCCUGGAGGUCAACCUGGAGUGGAUGCAGAGGGAGAUGGAGCUUAACCAGGACUCUCCGUACUGGCACCAGGUGCGGCUGACCCUCCUGCAGCUGAAAGGCCUGGAGGACAGCUACGAAGGCCAUUUGACCUUCCCAACUGGGAAGUUCACCAUCAAACCCUUGGGGUUCCUCCUGCUGCAGAUCGCCGGAGACCUGGAAGACCUAGAGUCGGCCCUGAAUAAGACCAACACCAAGGCUUCCCUGGGCUCCGGGUCCUGCUCCGCUCUCAUCAAGCUGCUGCCAGGUGGGCGUGACCUCCUGGUGGCACACAACACGUGGAACUCCUACCAGAACAUGCUUCGCAUCAUCAAGAAGUACCACCUGCAGUUCCGGGAGGGACCGAGAGAGGAGCACCCCUUGAUUGCUGGCAACAACCUGGUCUUUUCAUCUUACCCGGGCACCAUCUUCUCCGGUGAUGACUUCUACAUCCUGGGCAGUGGGCUGGUCACCCUGGAGACCACCAUCGGCAACAAGAACCCCGCCCUGUGGAAGUAUGUGCAGCCCCAGGGCUGCGUGCUGGAGUGGAUCCGGAACGUCGUGGCCAACCGCCUGGCCGUAGAUGGGGCCACCUGGGCAGAGGUCUUCAAGCGAUUCAACAGUGGCACGUAUAAUAACCAGUGGAUGAUCGUGGACUACAAGGCGUUCAUCCCGAAGGAGCGCAGUGCUGGAAGCCGGGUGCUUACCAUCCUAGAACAGAUCCCGGGCAUGGUGGUGGUGGCCGACAAGACCGCAGAGCUCUACAAGACGACCUACUGGGCUAGCUACAACAUCCCGUUCUUUGAGACUGUAUUCAACGCUAGUGGGCUGCAGGCCUUGGUGGCCCAGUAUGGAGACUGGUUCUCCUACGCUAAGAAUCCUCGAGCCCAGAUCUUCCGGAGGGACCAGUCAUUGGUGCAGGACUUGGACUCCAUGGUCCAUCUCAUGAGAUACAAUGACUUCCUUCAUGACCCUCUGUCACUGUGUGAAGCCUGCACCCCGAAGCCCAAUGCGGAGAACGCCAUCUCUGCCCGCUCUGACCUUAACCCCGCCAAUGGCUCCUACCCAUUUCAGGCCCUGCACCAGCGUGCCCAUGGUGGCAUUGAUGUGAAGGUGACCAGCUCUUCACUGGCCAAGUUCAUGAGCAUGCUGGCAGCCAGUGGCCCCACGUGGGACCAGCUACCCCCGUUCCAGUGGAGUAAAUCGCCGUUCCACAACACGCUGCACAUGGGCCAGCCCGAUCUCUGGACAUUCUCACCCAUCAAGGUCCCGUGGGACUGAGGAUCUGCUCCACUCAGUUGCCUUCAUUCUGUGUGGCCAGUAGGGUCACACACGUGCCGCCCACCCUCUGGGGCUCUGUCCUCACUGCACUCUGGUCUGGGUGGUCUCCUCUGCAGGGACACAAACCCAGAGGCUCAGAGCUGGCUCUCCGUCCCCUAACCUUUUGCCUCUUCGUCGCUCUCUUCUCGGCCCCUGUCCCCGGUAGGCUGGGGCUUAUGCGUGGCUGUGGGCCAGGUGGGAUCCUGGGCACCGUUCUCCUAGUGCUGGUCCCUCAGUGUGUCUGGGGGACGCUGACGGGGCUCAUCAUUGCUGUCACUAAUAGCCUGCGGGCCGUCACCUCAGGGAGCAGCCCGUGUCCCCUUCUCUGGGCAGCUUUCCUGAGGAUAGAAGCUUGAAAACAAAAACCAAAGUUUCCGGCUGCUUGUA